AUGGCCACCAUCACUGUCUCUCCCGACUAUGGCUUUGUUGUCGCGGUCGCGAUCGCAUCCUGCCUCCUUGUCUUCUUCUUCGGCUCAAGAGUAGCAUCCUACCGCAAGAUUGCUCAAGUGCCCCUCCCAUUCCUCUACGCAGACGCCAACGAAUGCAAGGAAGACCACAAAAAACUCAUCUUCAACUGCUACCAACGCGUCCACCAAAACACCCUCGAAGGGUUCACGACAUACCUCGUCAUGCUUCUCCUCGUCGGACUUGAGUACCCGAUUGCGUCAGCUGUGUUGGGAGGUAUCUGGUGCGUGGGACGGUACUUUUAUUACUACGGUUACUCGUCUGGUCAUCCCGGCUCAAGGCAAAUGGGUGCUUUUGGACAUCUUGGAUGGUUGGGUUUGUUGGGCUUGGCUGGAAAGAUGGCCUUUGACCUUAUCAUGUCCAGGCCUUAA